AUGGUGCUGAGCUCGGACUCUAGCGAAACCAGCUCCACAGAGACUUCAGACGACUCACAGGACGAGGAGGCUGUCCCAGCGCGGCGCUUUGCCGUGGACAUUGUGGCGCUGACUCGGGAAUGGGGCCAUGCCGACUCUGACUUGUCCGAGGAGGGGAUGUCCCCCGCCUGCCAGGGACGGCACACACGUUACAGGAACAUGGCGCUGGCCCUAGAGGCUGCAGAGAGGCGUCUGUCCACCAGGAGCAGGAGCCAGUUUUUUCUGGGGCCAGUAUGUUUCGAAAGCCCGCGCGUGCAGGCCUUGUCCAGCUUCGUCAUUUUUCUGACAACAAACACACGAACGAUGGUGAACGCAGCGGUAGUGGACCACUACAUCAACAGAAGUGGCAUUGAGGCUUUUGAUGAGUCGACAUGGGAGCUGGAUUCGCUCGCAAAGGAUGCAUGGUAUUUCAUCUUCCUCGCCAUGGACAUCAGCUUCAUGCUUUUUCAAAUCGCCUGUGUGCGUCGUGACAGGCGCAUGUCUCAGCUCUGCCAACGUUUGUGGCAGGAAGGUGCUUACAUCAGGCUGAUAGCAUUCCACAUCUACGCAAUCAUCCUCCUUGGGAUUUUCUCAGGCUGGCAGCUCGUUCGUGGAUACCGACAACUGAGCAAUCAAGGGUAUCGGGACAGUUUCCUUCUUGAGCUUGGCGACCCAUCGAUGGCCGACAGUGGUGCAUUCCGAAUGCCUUUCUAUAGCAGUCACCUUACCUUCUUUUACGAGAUGCCAUUCAUGCUGCGAAUAUGUCAUUUCCUGUCGAGAGACACACUCUCAUCGUUUGAUCUUAUUGUUUGUGUCGCUGCCGGCGGAUCAUUUGCCCUCGUGCUGUUUGCCUUGCUCACUUUAGAUUAUGGCGUUUCAAGCACUUUGGUGACCCGGUACCAGACCGCGCAGCGAUGCCCUUUCAGUGUCGUGCAUGCACUCCUUCGUGGAGCGGAGAUGCUCACACGUACUCUGGUGGUGACAUCAACCAUGCUUGUCACGUCCUGCCAGUUCUUCGGACAUUGGCUCUUCUUAGCGGCUCUGAGCGACUGGGUGAUUGGGCUACUGCUGCUAUCAUGGGCAUCGAGCGGAUUUUCCAAAAGAGCUUUGUUCCUCUCCAUUCCGCUCUUCGGUUCCAAUAUCGCUCUCUUUGUCGACUUGCCCAGCUUGUCUGGUCGGGCACGAACUUUGACAAUCUUCUUGGACGUUCUGCGGUCCUUGGAGAUGGGACCUGCCAUUUACUUUUAUCUUCUGGAACACUCAGCCAUUCAAUCGGACCAGCUGAGUGGAAACACCGGUUUCCAUAUUCGAGUGCUGGGGUGUUUGGUUGCAAUGAUAUUGGCCUGGUGUGUCCACAUGCUGCUGCGAUGCUUUCUCGCCGUGGGAGGCCUGAGAGCGGUGGCCAAGGAUACUGCACCCGGGAAACUGGAGACUGCAUGUUCGUUUGAUGACGCGGUCUUUGGCUCUUCCCUGGACGAGGCCUACUUCUAUCAAGACGGCGCAGUAAGCCUUGCCGGCUGGCUCUUCUCCAAGGGCAUCGGUGACCAGUUCGCUUCCCUGCUGGAAAUUUGCUGGGAACGUCAGCCCUUAAGGCUGUCGCGCCUGGAGGCGCUUGCGAAAUUGGGGGAGGGUGGCUUCGGUCGAGUCUACAAAGUCUGCGAUACUAGACGAGGAAUGGAGUACGCGCUGAAGCUCCAGGGCCGAAGUCGAGUGGCAAGAGCAGCCGUUCGAGAAGCAAAUGCACUCCAUGAAGUCAAGCACCCAUGUGUUGUAGAGCUCAUUCAAGUCUUUUGCACUUCGUCCUUUUACUGCAUCCUUCUGGAGUUGUGUGACGUUGAUCUGAACCGAUACAUCCUCGACAGCCAGAAUGCCUUCGGAGUUGCAGAUGGCUUGCCGGAGCGAGAUUGCAGGAUGUUUCUGGGGUGCAUUUAUUUGGCUUUGCAGCACCUCCACGACAGAGAAAUUGUUUUCUGCGACCUCAAGCCCGAGAACAUUCUGAUCCGGACCGUGCGGAAGCCAGCAGAGCUGAAAGUGGCAAAGCUGGCGGACUUUGGAUUGGCAAAACCCAUUGACAAGCUUGCGCAGUCUGCGGCAUCCUUGUGUGGCCGUUUCUCUGGAACUCCGGCUUUCUUGCCACCGGAGGGGCCUUUCACAUCCGAGUCACCAGCUGAUGUGCCUCAGUCUCCUAGCGCUGUCCUGCACCAACUUGUUUCACGGGACUGGUAUGCGCUUGGUUGCGUCUUGUUCCUGAUGUUAUUCGGUGAGGUUGGUGGAAGGAAGGUUCGCUAUGCAGUCAGGGCGAUCCUGCUGCCACCACCGUGUGAUGUCAUUGCUGCCGUCAUCUCUGAUGCAGUGAUUGCCGGCAGUCACAAUCAAUCUGCUCUUGAGCUGAACAAAUCUCUCCUAGCGCCGUUGCCAGAGCGUGGCGGUGGGGAAGAUGUCAGGAGAAGCGCUUUCCUGGUGCAGACGCUUCCUGUCUUGGAGAAGAUGGCCGCGGACUUCAGUUCUGCUUCCAAGGCUCGACGUCUGGACGAAGAGUCGAUCACGAGCAAGCCGAAAGGACACGUGGAGCCCAACAGAAGGAAUUCCGUGAACGAGACAGUCGCAGGAAAGCUGCCGACCUCUUCUCAAGACAUUGAGGAUGUUUUGAAGCAGCUCACGCCGCGUUUACGUCAAAUUAGCGAGGCACAGAAUUUGGAGUACAGGUUGGGCAAAUCCAAGGAGGACAAAGAAGAGAAGCGAGUGACUGCGGCGAAGGCAGCAGAGACAAAGAUGAAGCAGUCCUUGAACCGAACCAACAGUGCCCCGACCCUCAAAAAGUCUAGCACCAAUGAGACCGGUGCAGGCCAGGCAGCAGAGGUCUUCGGUGACAAGCCGCCCGAAAUCAAUGUUGCAGAUGCAAACAACGGCACCUCAGCCCCUGCAAAGUCUUCCCCUGGAAGUUCGAAGUCGUUGAAGGCUGGUGCGGCUGCUGGGCUUCAGUUGGCACCCCAGGACCUAGGAUCACUAUGGAACACUGGGAGAUAG